AUGACGGCCAUGAAAACAAUGGUGGAAAAACACAGUGAUGUAUUCAACUUGAUGGAGAUUCAGUUUACUGUCAUAGAAGAGCAUAGUAACCAGAAAUGUUUCUCCUUCCUCUGUAGGCUCCUGAAGAAGCAGUUCUUCCACCGGGCUCUCAAAGUGAUGAAGAAAAAACCAGAGAAGGAGAUCAAGAAAGAAAAAGAGAAGGAGAAGGAAAAAGAGAAAGAGAAGGAGAAAGAGAAAGAGAAAGAGAAGGAGAAGGAGAAGACCAAGGGCGACAGCAGCAAAGAGGAGGAGAAAAAAGGGAAGAAGGAGAAAGAGAGGAAGAAAGAGUCCGAAGUUGCCGAAACCAAGAAGGAGAAGAGCGAUGACAGUCCUGGAACUCCCAAGAAGAAGAAAGACGUGAAGAAGAAAUUCAAACUGGAGCCUCAUGAGGAGCAGCUGUUUCUAGACGGAAACGAGGUGUUCGUCUGGAUUUACGAUCCUGUUCAUUUCAAGACGUUCGCCAUGGGACUGAUACUCGUCAUUGCAGUGAUCGCAGCCACGCUGUUCCCUCUGUGGCCGGCAGAGAUGCGAGUUGGAGUUUAUUAUCUGAGUGUAGCCGCAGGCUGCUUCGUGGCCAGUAUUCUGCUUCUCGCUGUCGCUCGCUGCAUCCUCUUCCUCAUCAUCUGGGUGGUGACGGGCGGCCGCCACCACUUCUGGUUCCUCCCUAACCUAACGGCCGAUGUGGGCUUCAUCGACUCGUUCCGCCCGCUCUACACUCACGAUUACAAAGGGCCGAGAGCCAAGAAGGACAAGAUGGACGACAAGGAGGAGGGCGGCAACAAGAAAUCAGACAGCGACGAGAAGUCUGACAGCGAGAAAAAGGACGGCGAUGAGGAGGAGGAAGAGGAGGAGGAAGAGGAGGAGAGCAAAGAAGUGGGGGAGAGUAAAGAGGCGGAGGGGGGGGGAACGGGGGCGGAGCGUCACUCAGACACAGACAGCGACCGGCGGGAGGACGAGGGCUCGCAGCACAGCAACGGAAACGACUUUGAGAUGAUCACCAGGGAGGAGCUGGAGCAACACACUGAGGAGGAGGAGGAAGAGGAAGAGGAGGAAGAAGAGAGGAAAGAGGAGGUGGAAGAGAGGAAGGUGGUGAUUCGGUAG